AUCACAGGCGCCGGUGGCCGAUCGUGGCAAGAAAGUAAUUACGCGAGAUGCUUGAGGACGUUGUAGGUAUUUAACCACAGGUGCGCGGACGUAUACAAGCCGCUUCCCUUCGUCUUUGCCCGCCGCCGUCCUGCGGAGACUGUGGAGUCCCGGCGAGAUGGACCCCUCUCCGGACGACGAUCUGCAGCUGGUGAGGAAGUGCUGCUCCUUGGCCUUCAGGGCUCACGAUUCCGAUUCCCAUUUUGUCAAGGACAAUUCCGUCAGCUCCCAACCCAUCUUCGCGUUCCAGGGGUCGAGGUCCGUCGAUCACUGGUUCUACGGCGACCAGUUCAGCAGGUCGAAGCCGUAUCCGACUUACUUUCCGUCGCUUAAGGCCCUCGGUUCCGGUGACUCCGGCAUCCUCAACUUGGCCUUAUUUCAGCGGUUCGACCAGAUCCUGCUGGAUUUCCAAUCCCGGCUACCAAAUGAGAUCGAGAUGAGCUUAUCCUCGGAAGACAGUCGUGAUAAAGUUUCAUGUUGCCUCAAUAAUCAGGCUGACAGGACAAGGAAGAAGAAGAUUGUUUUUACAGGACUUUCUAACGGAGGAGCAGCCGCAAUCUUGGCAACCAUCUGGCUUUUAGAGAAGCAUUGCCGGGACCCCAAGCCGGACGUGCUUUGCAUUACCUUCGGCGCCCCUCUCGUCGGAGACAAGAUCGUCGGCCACGCGAUCCGUCGAGAGGGCUGGUCGUCCUGCUUCAAGAACUUUGUCCUCCCGCGGGACCCCAUUCCCCGGAUCCACUUUUGUCCCCGUGAUGAGAUCGCCGGCGACCUACAAUCCGUUCUUCCGUCACGCGUUAAUCCGGGAGGAUCCAUCCCCCGCACUUCGUCUUCUGCCUCAGAAACCAAUCAAGUAUCCGAGAAGCUCUUCGACGUUGUUUUCAGCAAUGCCUUCUCCAUUGCAAGCUAUGAUUCAUGCGUCUUGAGGAGCUCGGCUGGUGGUAGCUGUCUCUUGGCGGCUGUGAACGGCUUCGUGAAGCUGAGUCCUUACAGGCCCUUCGGGAUCUUCUACUUCUGCUGCAGUGAGGGGAAGGUAGUGAAGGUGGAAAACCAUGAGGCUGUGACGCAGAUACUGUUCCACUCCCUUCUUUUGGAAGGAUCGAGCAGCGGGAGCAAUGGGUAUCAAACAUAUGACAUAAAGAAAAUAGUUCCCCUGGAUAAUUUGCAGACGAUUCCUCUCUCAGUUAAUGAUAAAGACGAUGAUGUCAACUCUGCCCCCAACAUCCUCGACCUUGACAUGGAUGCAAGGCUAAACUUAAUAGCUGCCGGAGACAUGGAGCAGGCGAGAAAGAAGAACUUGGCCACAGUCAAUGGUUACAAGCACGACAUAAACGCCUGCCUAAGCAAACUCCAGACCUACUGCACCAACUGCGACGACGGCAUAGGCUACUACGACGCAUUCAAGUUGCAUAAGAACAAGGCAGAUUUUGAAGCCAACGUGACCCGGCUCGAGCUGGUAGGCCACUGGGAAGAGGUCCGGGAAUUGGUCAAAGGGUUCGAGCUGCCCGACUCGUUCGAGACCGACCGCGAGUGGGUCGAGCUCGGCACGAGGAUCCGCCUCUUGGUCGAGCCCAUCGACAUAGCCAACUUUUACAGGCAUGAUAAGAAGGAAGAGACCAACUUGUACAAGGCAGACUCGCGAGCAAGGCCUAACUACUACAGGUACCCAGAGAACUGGCUCCGGCACAUGAGACGGCUCGUGCCAGAAGCUGACCCACUGUGGAGGAAAGAAUGGAACUUGGACUCGUGCUUUUGGGCAAGAGUGGAGAAUAUGUGCAUCGGAAUAAAGAAGAAUGGAUUUGAUUCUGAGAAAGAAGGUGUACUGGAGUUUGAGAAGGAGGUAGAGAAGUGGCUUACAGAGGGGGCACUUGGAGAGCCAGAGCUCAAGCGGCCCACCUUCCUUAAAUGGUGGGGAAUGUUACCGGAGGAACACAAGAAUAGUUCCCGCAUUCGUGAUCGUAUGGUGCAGGAGGCACGACCUGCUAAUCCGACGGUCCCAGGUUGAGUCCAUGGCCUUGGAGCAAUUAGUCAUGAAGCUAAAGCUGCAUAAUUGGUUCUUCAUAUGUCAGUGAUGAUAUUCCGUGAUCUAUUCAGAGGAAGUCAGCUUUCAUGUAGAUCCAAGUUCAUGGCCUUAUUAAUUUGGAUUGAUAUAUAAUUAUUAUGUUCAACAUGCUGUUUGGUAUGUAUUCAUAGACAUUAAGAUGGUUUUGUUCCAUGAGUUGAACUGUAACGGGUGCUAGCUACUGUUGUUUGAUUGUAUAAAGAAUGAGUUGCAUAAAGAUUGCAUGAAUAAAGUUUAUUCGAAAGUUUGUAAC